AUUCCCUCUCAGUAUAUGGACCUGGAUUUGCGCAACUUUUUAGUUGUCAACCCAAAUAGGAACUACCAGGAUUAUCCUUCAACAAUUCGCCGAAAACCUUUGGUAGGAAAUCCUAUUUCGGCAGAUGAACUAAGAAAAAGAGUUGACGCGCUUGACAAUGCUGUCUACUCACCCAUUAUCGUGAAUGGAACGCUAUUUUUCCUAAGUCUGGAAGAUGAUACUCGUACAGCGAGAUCUUCUCUCAGUCGAGAGGAUGAUGUUCGUGUGGAAGUCGCAUAA